AUGUUUAACAGCCGCAAAAGCGCUCGGAAGCCAGAUGGCGAGUUCAUCACUCGCUUCCAGCAAGCAUUCUCAGACAUUGUCCCUCGGCGAGACAGCAAGGGUGGGCCAACUGAAGACUCGCACAACGUGAGGGCAGGUGAACCUUUGAUGGCCUCGAGAAUGACCGAGAACAACGAUGUGAAAAUGGAGGAGAGUCAUGAUAUCAAGUUCCCCAUCACCAACAACGACCACACUCCUCGAAAUAUGCACGAACUGGGGUUGACGCCCUCAUGGAUGGAAUCAGCUUCGUUUUCCAUGAUGCCUCUUGCCAACCAACAUGCAGGCUUCUAUGCUCCAACUUCUUCUGGAAUGGGCUGGCGAUUUACAUACUCCAACCGGGAUGCACCUGAUGACCCCGCUGGGGGCGUGCCAGCUAUGCACAAUCACCACAGCAAUGGUUUCGAGCCCUUCCACCCGCAGUUCAUGAAUCCGGCACAUGACAUGAACCAGUACACAGAGCAGCCAUCGUAUGCACCAAGCGCAUUUAUGCACCGCGACACCGCAUAUGACGUCAUGGAUGAUACUUUCGAUGGUUCUUCUCUAAAUAGUGUACAAGCCGAAACAGCAUCUAGCAUGACGGCCUCUACGGACUUUUCGGCUCAACUGGCUGGUGACAUUUCCUAUGCCAAGGAAAAAUUCCGCUUCAAUGUUUCCCUCCGAGCACCGACCGCCAUGGUGAAGAAUUCGAGUGAAAUCCCCGUGACGUAUCUCAAUAAGGGCCAAGCAUACAAUCUCUCAGUUAUCGACACGAGCCCACCAAUGAUUAGCCACGAACUGCUUCGAUAUAGAACAUUUGUCCGCGUUUCCUUCGAAGAGCGAGAACAGCGAGCGAAACCGGCAACAUGUUGGCAACUGUGGAAGGAAGGCCGUGGUACCACAGAAGCCCAUCAACGGGGCGGAAAAUUAUUAGCUGUUGAAUAUGUGGAUCCGUUACAAGGUGCCAGUGAUGCACACAGGAACCGACAGGUGCAAGUCGAGAGUAUGUCGGUCGACGGUUUCUGCGUCACUUGGACUGCCAAUCCAGCGAGCGGCGCAUCGGAUUGCAACAUCCCCGUGCGGUUUAAUUUCCUUUCCACGGAUUUUAGCCACUCGAAAGGCGUGAAGGGAAUCCCUGUCAGACUAUGCGCUAAAACCGAGCUUUUGUCCCCCGGUGAGGAGGCAGGUGUAUCACGGGAUACGGAGCUGUCUUACUGCAAAGUAAAGCUUUUCCGGGAUCAUGGUGCUGAGCGGAAACUGUCCAAUGACGUUGCCCAUGUCAAGAAGACCAUUGAUAAACUUAAGCAGCAAGUCUCCCAAGCAGAAAUGGGUGGUGGAUUUGCGAAGCGCAAGCGGGGAAACAACACUUCUGCUACUGCAAAGGGACCCGAUAAUUUUAUGAAGCCUUCGACCCACAAGCGAACUUGGUCGAUAGACUCGGACGAUAUUCCUCCAGAGAAAGUCUCCUUGGAGGAUGAUCUUCAAGCCAAGUUGGCUACAAUGCAAGAGAUGUUCUCAUCUACUCGCUCAAUGAGCAUCUUCGGCUUACGCGGGGAAACAUUCGAUGAUCCCGACCUAUAUCCCAUUCAGCUAUCAGGCAACGGCGACUCCCCUCAUUAUGGAAAUACGAGCCGUUCAAGCACACGUGAAUUGGAGUCAAUGAUACCUUCGCCGCCCAACACCAAUACCUCUUCUUCGAAUUCGCCGCCUACACAAACACUCAGAUUAGGAAAAUGUCCAACCACAAUCCAGAGAAUUCCUUCUGGCGAUCAAGUCUCAAGGGGUUUCAUAGAGGCCGUGGGUGUAGACUUGACCUACCGACCGCCGGCCGAAUGCCCUCCUAAGCCGAUUGCAUGCUUCUAUGUUCGAUUUACUGGGAAUGCGAAGCACGCAGAUGACUACUAUCGUGCAAUCUAUUUGACGGAACGCACCGCUCGAGACUUUGUGAGGAGAAUUGCCGAGAAAUAUCACAUCGAUCCGAUGCGAAUCUCAAAUAUCAUGCAUAUCCAUGACAAAGGCAUGCGAGUCAUAGUGGAUGACGAUGUGGUCCGCCAGCUUCCAGAAGGCCAAGACAUGAUCAUCGACAUCUCCGAAACACCAGGUCCCAAUGGCAGUGCUUCCGGAUCUCCCAUGGAGAUCAAAUUAACAUAUUAA